AUGUUAGCAUCACCUCUCCCCAUUACUCCUCUGAAGUCCCUCAGGCCUUAUCGAACCAACUGGCUUAUAGAUGUCAAGAUUUUGCAUCUCUGGAGACAAUACCACACCAAAGUUGGAGAAACAAUCGAAAUGUUUUUAGUAGAUUCGACGGGUGAUAAGAUAGCAGCUACAGUGAAGAAGGAUCAGAUAAUGAACUUCCAGCGAAAACUCAAACAAGGAAAUUGGAAUCUAAUUUCCACUUUUAAUCUAUCUCCUACUUAUGGGUCAGUCAAGCUAUCUGAACUGAAAUGGAAGAUUGUCUUUACAUCCAGGACAAGUGUGAACCCUUCUGAUAACAUAUCUGAUGAUAUGUUUUUUUCAUUUGCAUCUUAUGAUGCUGUGCUCACUGGGAAGCAAGCUGAAAAUGUUUUAUUCGAUUUUUUUGGUCAAGUUGUCGACUGUGGUGAAAUUAAAGAAAUAACUACAACAAACAAACCAACUACCAAAAUCGACUUCCACUUGAGAAAUUCUGAGGAUACACGUGUUUUGUGUACUCUUUGGGGUACCUGCGCUCACAUGUUUAGUAAAGCUUGUCACGAGUCUACCGAUGGUAUUGUUUUCUGCUUACUAAGGUUUGCUAAAGUUAAUCAGUACAAUGAUGCUUGGAGUGUUCAAAAUCACUGGGACUGUUCUCAAGUUAUAAUCAAUCCAGAAAUUACUGAAGCUGAAGAUCUAAGAAAACUUCUUUCCAAUGAUGGCUUGCAACUGACGAUCAUGGAUUCAUUGCAAAAGAAAGUGUUUUGGGCAAAACCUAAAAAGGAAGAAUUAGAAGAAUACCCUAUUAAAACUAUCGAAGAAGUCCUGCAUGCAUUUGAGGUUGGGAUGUGUCGCACUACCUGUACAGUAAUUGAAGUCGAUAGAGACUACUGUUGGGCCUACAUUGCGUGUAAGAAAUGCAACAAAAAGACCAUCGCCGAGCAAGGCAUUAAGAUGGAAGAUGAGAAUCAUAAACCAGCACCAAAGUUCUCUUGUGAGGUUUGCUGUCAGUUUGUAAAAAACGUCACAACCAAGUUCUGGAUUUAUCUUAAAAUCAAAGACAAAACUGGAGAAGCUAAAUGUAUGGUGUUUGAUAGCUUCGCUGCUGAUAUGGUUGGAAUGCAAUCCUCAGAACUCCUUAACAAUAGAUACGAUUUGCUGGAGGAUCCUGAAGCUAUUCCUCUGGAGGUUUUAUCAUUAGAAGGGAAAACAUUCGAGUUUCUCCUUUCUAUCGAGUUGAAAAAUAUUAGAGGGAGCUCCACCAUUUACAAUGUCGCUGCUUUGUGCUCCAAAGGAUUGAAUUCUGAUUUUGAGAUUCUCCCUUCAGACACUUAUAUAAAUCCGUCUUCAAUGUUGUCUGGUGGUCAGGGUUCUUCAAUGAUUACUGAUGGGAGUGAACCAUCAGAUGUGGAUGCUUCAACAUCUUCCACUCCAUCAUCAAAAAGAGGUUCAUCAAACAUGGUCGAAGGAGAUGACCAAUCAUCUACCUCAAAAAAACAUUGCUCUGGACAAAAAGUGGAAGAUGCUACUGCUGCUGGUGUUUCUAAGGAACUUAACAGUUUGUUCAGUUAA